CCGGUAUCGAGAGCCUCCGCAGGGGAACGGGCUUCUCUGGCAUGGUAACUCUGCUGCUCUGGAGGAUUCCUGCACGGUUGAUACAGUACCUCUGAUGAAACCAUGACCAGAUGGGCACGAGUUACUACCACACAUAACAAAAGACCCUUGCCUGCAACAUCAUGGGAGGAUAUGAAGAAGGGGUCCUUUGAGGAAAAAGGCCAAAACCUACCAAAGAGUAAACAACUUGAAACCAAUAGGCUGUCCCUUAAAAAUGAUGCACCCCAAGCAAAGCACAAAAAGAACAAAAAGAAAAAGGAGUACUUAAAUGAAGAUGUGAACGGAUUCAUGGAAUACCUAAGACAAAACUCACAGAUGGUUGACAAUGGGGAAAUAAUAGCAAGAAACAGUCAGGAAGUAAGGGAAGAAAUUGCAGUUGCUUUAAGGAAAGAUAGUCGCAGGGAAGGAAGACGAUUAAAAAGACAAGCAGCAAAGAAAAAUGCAAUGGUGUGUUUUCAUUGUAGAAAACCUGGCCAUGGGAUUGCAGAUUGCCCAGCCGCCCUUGAGAAUCAAGAUAUGGGCACUGGAAUAUGUUAUCGAUGUGGAUCUACAGAGCAUGAAAUAACCAAGUGCAAGGCUAAAAUAGACCCAGCUCUUGGUGAAUUUCCUUUUGCAAAAUGUUUUGUUUGUGGGGAAAUGGGGCACCUGUCCAGAUCUUGCCCUGAUAAUCCCAAAGGGGUCUAUGCUUAUGGUGGUGGCUGCAGACUUUGUGGCUCUGUGGAACAUUUUCAGAAAGAUUGCCCUCAAAGUCAGAAUUCAGAUCGAAUGGUUACAGUUGGCCGUUGGGCAAAGGGAAUGAGUGCAGACUAUGAAGAAAUUUUGGAUGUGCCUAAACCACAGAAACCCCAAACAAAGAUACCUAAAGUUGUUAAUUUUUGAUAAUGAUUAGUACUAUCAUAAAUUACCACCUUGUUGUUACAUUCUGAACUGGACCUUCUUCACAAGUUGGAGCUGGGCUCCCUUGGAGAGGCCUGUGUUGUAGAUAUCAGUAUGAUCUGGAUGUUCAAGUAGUUUCCUGAAUUCUGUCCAUCAAGGAAUACUUCUACUGCGUGAGGGAAAUCACUGAAGAAAAGCAUAAAAUGUUUAUAUUGGAUUCUUUAACUUUUUUAACAGAUAAAACUUAGGUGUAUAUAAGUGGUAACAUAGCUAAUUGUAACAAUCAUCUUUUCCUUAAAAACAAAAUUAUGCUUUCAUCUGAACCACCCCUAAACAAAGGGUAGCUGCUUUGUAUUUAGAAAUGAAUUUUUAGUAAUAUUGCUUUUUAGGUUAAAAGUAUCAGUUUAUUUAUAAGUUGC